CAAUGCAAAAUGCCUGCACAAACAUUCCAUCCAAACGCUAUCUUCCAUUCUCUUUCUUCGCUUAAUGAUCUGACACUACCGCCGUUAAGGUUUCUAUCAUCACCUAGUACGGAUGACGAACAAGGAACAUUAAGUCCAAUACAUGAAGCAUGCCUUGGCUCUUCACCUAUUCAAACAACAUUUGAUACACUUCCAUUUAACGAAGACACACAAUAUGAUAUAACUACACCAUUAAGACUUUUACCGUUAUCACAAGUUUCACCAUUACGUUCACUCACACAAAUGUCACAAGAAUCAAUUAUUAAUCAACAGACGGUUAACGAAAAUAAGGAAAAUUCAGUUGGUGAAUACAAGAGAUUUUCGUGUGAAGAAUGUGGUAAAAUUUAUCAAGGCAAAAAUGCACGUUCUAUUUUACGUAGACAUCUUAAAGAUAAACAUGAAAUUGAGUUGCCUCGUGCAUCACGCUGGGACAAUGACCCUAACCGACCAAAAAAUGAUGAAGAAAGGCGACAGAGGAUGUCCGCACAAAAAGCACGCGAAAAGAGAAAUCUUUUAAAAGAAUUAGAACAAAAAGAAAAUAAACGUGUUAUUACUCAUUUGCAAACUAACAUAAACGUAGAACAAAACUACAACAUGAGUCAAGGAUCUACACCCACUACACCGCCAUCACGAAUUGACCGAACGGUAGUACUUUCACCUAAUAGUCGAAUGAAUCCAUACGUCGUCAUGAGACCAUUAAAGUCAGCUAUAUCCCCAUGCAAGGGUGUUAGCGGUGGAAAGUCAU